UAAAGAGGAAAAGAAGAAGGAGGAAGAAGUGGAAACGGAAUAGAAAGAGAGAGAGAGAGAGAGAAAAAGAUUAAGGAGAGGUUCCGCAUCCAAUUGGAGCCGUCUUUUACCAGUAACAGAAGGAACCGCCGAUUCCGAAGAACGACACCACGUCGGGAUCGAUCGAUCAUAUCUGUGUGUGUGUUGUCGCGCAACCUCUCUACGUGAAAAUUCACCCGGUCUACCAUUCCCUAUCAUCCCCCCGUUCCUCCCACCCUUCCUCCCACCCACCCUGAUUGGCCCCUGUUGCCUCCUGUCGCCCUACCCCCUCCUCCUCUUCCUCUCUCUUACCCUUUUCACCUUGCCUCUACCCCCCGCGCUGUUAGUUUCACAGCUUCCCCCUCUCCUCCUCCUCCUCCUCCUCCUCCUCGAGGAAAAACAGACCGGCGCCUUCGUCCUUUCGAUCGACUUCGGUCUUUCCCAUCUUAUCGUUCUUCAAACCUUCCUCCCCGUGUGUUCUCGCGUAACCUCCUCCUCCCCAUCUGGAUGAUUCUUACGGCAUAUUGCAGUUAAAAAAAGCAAAAAAAAAACAACAAAUACAAUUAACAAGGGGAUUCCUCGCGAGCGUAUUUUAUUGAUACUACCAUAGACAAAAGUAUCGGUGUCGUUUAAAGAAAAAUCCAGGAUGUCCCGGUGUUUGAGGUUCUAGACGGCGUAAAUGAGCAUUCAAGUAUGUGAGAUUGAUUGAGGACAACACAGAGAUAGACAACGCAGAUCGGAGAAAGAUCAGCGAAUAGAAAGAAGAGAACUAGCCAUCAUGGAAUUCUACGAUGUGGGAAGCAGCGAUCUCAGGGAAUUGUGGGAGUCUUACCUCACAGAACCAGGACUCGGACAGGAUGUAUCAAUGACGUCAAGAGAAGAAGAAUGGGGUAACGUUUUAUGUCUUAGGGAUAAAUCAUCCUUAAGUGUCGUCCUCAGAGAUCGUUUGAUGACGGAUGCUGCAUUGGGUGGACCACGUCCAAUCAAAUCCGAACACAGUUACAGUUUAUUAGCUUCCAGUCCUCCACCGAGUCCAGCAACACCUGGAACUAAUCCUUGUACACCGAAAAGUUCAGUAUCUUCGACUAGUACGGCUCACACGUUGGCUGUUAACACCAUUUCUUCGAUUGAUUCGAAUAAUUUGGAUCAUGGGAAAUCAUUGGAUAUUCGACCUAGAUUCGAUGAUAUGGAGGAUGAAUGCUUUCUAGCAAUUUCAAUGAAUUCGUCUCGAAACGAGGAUCAAUCGUUACCGUUACCACUUCAGACCACUUAUACUUCUACGGUAAUUUUGAAGAAACCUAAUGUAACACCUGAAGAUAACGAUUAUUCGGAAAUCAAAGGGGAACCGUUAAGCGCACCUGGUAGUCCUUGUACACCUUGUCCUUCGUCGAGCACAACCAUAGACGAUAAAAGUACGAUAACAAUGGUGUCACCACAAAAUCUACACUUUUCUAGGAAUCAACUUGCACCUACGAGCGAUAGCGAGGAAGACGAUGAGGAAUAUUAUCAGAGUAUGGAGGUAGAAGAAUAUGGUGUACCAAGUGAAGAAUACGAAGGAAGUCACACAUCUAGACAAAGUUUACCACCAACACCACCUAGCAGUGCAAGCUCAGAUAGCGAAGGAACAGCAUCAGCUUCCUGUUCACCUGAACGUCGAGAUUCUCAACAUUCAACACAUUCUCAGAAUAUCAGAGGUCUUUUAACACCUAGACUAUAUGUUACCAACCCAACACAUACAACAAGACAACCCAUUCACACACCUUUAAUUUCCUGUCAGCCGAAAGGUUCAACUGGUGUUUUGACGUUAACGGAAGAAGAAAAAAGAACUCUUAUUGCCGAGGGUUAUCCUGUACCCACUAAAUUACCUUUAACGAAACAAGAAGAAAAAUCUUUGAAAAAAGUACGCAGAAAAAUAAAAAAUAAGAUAUCGGCACAAGAGUCACGAAGAAAGAAGAAAGAAUACAUGGACGGCCUAGAAAGGCGAGUUACCAUAUUGACAAACGAAAAUUCCUCGUACAGGGAUCGUUUAACAAUACUUGAAGAUACGAAUCGUGAAUUAUUAAAAGAAUUGGCACGCGUGCAAGCACUUUUAGAGCGCCAAUAAUCUUAGCUUAUUUUUCUUCUUCUUCUUCUUCUUCUUCUUCUUCUUCUAUAUAGAAAACAAGAUUUUGCUAAACCUUUUUUUUUUAUCACCGAUUGGGAAAAAUGUUGCGUUUCUUUUCUUAUUUUACUUUUAUUUUUUCGAAAAAAUGAUCCUUUAACUUUUAAUAAUAUUCUAAUAACGUCAGAGAUAAAUAAUAUUCACAUUUGCAUAUUUAAAUUCCAAUGAGAAAAAGAAAACAAAACAAUAAAUAUUAGAAGUUUAUUAUAUUACGAGACAAUUUAUUAUGAUAAUCGUUAACAACGUUGAGACUUGAAAACAAAAUUUUCAAAACAGAAUAAUAGUAGUGUUCCUAUUGAUUCUUUUUUUUUUUUUCUUUUACUUUUCUUUGAUGGAA